AUGAUAACAAUAUUAUGUUACAGAACGCAAACAGUUAAGGAAAUUAAUUAUUCAAAAUUAAACAAGGAUAAAAGUGGUUCUAAUGUGUUACAUGAAAUGGAAAUAGAGCAAAUGCCAUUAACCUUGAAAAAUAAUGACAGCCAAAAUGCACUCGACGAUGAUAACAAUUGGUAUGAAACUAGUUAUACUACUGAGGAAUCUAUAAUAAGUUAUGCUUUAGAUGGAAGAAGAAUUGUAGAUUUAAAAUAUUUUUUUCGAAAAACUUCAAAGCAUAAACGAUCACAACAAAGCCUUUGGAUGUAA